AUGUUUGACUGCGCCGCCUGGAGCCCCACCUGCCAGGCCCUGGCGAACGUCAGCGCGGCGUGGAUGGCCGAGAAGCGGCCGCCGCCGCCAAAGGCGGACGAGGAGGCGUUUAAGGCGGAGGCCGCCGCCGACGCAGCAAAGCCCGACGAGCCGCCGCCGCCGCCGGGGCCGCCGGAGGUCAAGUGCGUGCCUCGGAACCUCAGCGCGCCGUUCGUGGUGCUGAAGGGGGCGGCGCCGGCGGCGGCGACGGCGCCGGCGGGGGCUGCGCCGGUGGCGGGCGCGGCACCCACGGCGGCACGGCCGCCUGUGCCUUCUGUCGCGCCGGGCGGCUUGCCCAACGGGCCGUUGUGGAACGUGGUCAGGGGCUUUUUUGGGUCGUUGGGACGCCGUUGA